UGCAGUGCACUGAGAGCCGCCGAGGAGGGCCCCCGGAGAUGGCCCGGCCAUGCUUCGGCUGAGCCUCGGACCCCGUCGCCUCCACCAGUGGCCUCACUGAAGAGGGGAGCACGAGGCGCCGCCCCUUAACAGAGAGAGGUUUCCGAGCAGGCGGCCCCGGCCUCGGCCCGAACCAUGGCGGACUUCUCUCCCGCGCUGUCUCUGCGGGAAGGUGGCCCCCGCGCGGCCAGGCAGCCGGCCCUGGCGCCCUCGCCGCCUCCGCCCCGCUCCCGAUCGGGCUCCGAGUCGGAGGAGGCCGAGCUAUCUCUGAGCCUGGCCCGCACCAAGACCCGCUCUUAUGGCAGCACUGCCAGCGUGCGGGCGCCUCUGGCCGCCGCCGUGUGCGAGCGCCAAGUGCAGCACCGGGUGUGCGCCGGGGACACGCUUCAGGGCAUCGCACUCAAGUACGGAGUCACGAUGGAGCAAAUAAAAAGGGCCAAUAAACUAUUUACCAAUGAUUGUAUUUUUCUGAAGAAAAUUCUGAAUAUCCCCAUUAUAUCAGAAAAACCUUUAUUCAAUGGACUUAAUUCACUUGAGUCACCUGAAAAUGAAACUGUGGACAGCAGCCAUCUUUCUCAGGAGGAAGAGGCGGUGGAAGUCCAAGAAGAGGACAUCUCACCUGUUUCUCAGGACUCUGCUAUCCAGCCCAUUCAGCCUGAAGAAGUGUCUGCCAAAGAUUUUCUACAGAGACUAGAUUUGCAGAUCAAGUUGUCAACACAGGCAGCCAAAAAACUAAAAGAUAACAGGGAUGAUGAUGAUGAUAGUCCUUAUGCAACAUCCCUCUACCACAGUUAAAUGAUUAUUACACUUGGAAUAAGAAGCAUUUGGAUUUUAAAGAAGACAACUGAAGACGCAGAAGGGUAUCUUUUGAAUUCCCAUUGCAGAUUUCUUAAAGUCAUGCAGGGCUCAUUUCACUGAUUAUAUUUGCACUGAAAUUCUUUAUCUUUUUCUGCCUUCUGUAACUUGAUAUCCUCAUUAUGGCAUGAUAAGUAAAAUCAUAUCCCUGAGCUCAUUCUUUUGUAGGAUGGCUUGAUCUUUAGGCUACCUUUUGUAAAUACUUAAAAUAAAACAUUAAAAAAGCACUUCCCUAUAGAAAUAUUCAAGGUAAAAAACAUUACUUAUCUUUGGAAAAUCUAAUGGAAAAUAAUUGCCUUUUAGUGA